UUUGUGAUAUUUGUUAACAACACUCUUUUACACAUUUGUAUUUGUAUUUUCACUUUACAGCGACUUUGAGCGUUAGCGUCAGUUUCACUGAUGCGUCGGCUCACUUUUGUUGCGUAGCCUCGCUCCGGAGCUCUUCCGGCAGUGCGGCCCGAUUGGCCGGCCCGCCCCCGGUCGUUAGCAGGGGCGUGGCCGCCCGUGAAGCCAAGCGAGCUGAACGUGGGCACCGGUGGGCAGCAUCUCACACGGUGCCGCCCGGCCGUUGACGGCGAUGAAGAAACGAACACUUGUCGUCCGCGUCGUGUAUGUGUCGAGGGGUGGACGACUUUAAAGCAGCGCACAUUUUUUUUCCGCCCAUUUGUGGAAAAGUGGCGAAGUGGUGAUGCGUCGUCGUCGUCGAGGGGGGAACGACAGCCUCCAAGCAAUAUGAGCAUUCCCGUGGCUUUCACACUGUGGGCGACACGCUUGUCCGCUGUGGGACUGGAACGCACUUGACGUGCCCACGUCGUGUAGACUUCUUGGCCGCGGCAGCAGGAACACAAAGGAGGAUGACACGCAGCUAAUGUGGCCUUCCAAAGUCCACAUUUCGUCUUGGAUUAGCGGCUAAUUUACCUUUAGCGAGCUUCAGUAGUGAUGAUGAUGAUGAUGAUGGUGGUGGUGGCGGUGCCGCACGCACGCCUUUAGCAUCAACUAAAAGCAGGUCGUGGGAGUGCUGUUCUGAAGAUCUUGGUAUUGGAUUCCAUCUUGUCAUCCAUGCCAGUUUUGUUGAAGGUGUCGACUGACAAACUGCAUCACCGAGUGGAAGCUGCAGGUAUUCAUCUGUGCGCUGCAUAUUGGGAAGUGUGCCCAUGGCGCAUGUGACCUGCAAGCCAAAGUGACAGAUGUCUCAAAUCAGCAUGGAGAAGGAAGCUCUUUCAAACACAGAGGAGCGCACACAAGCCAACUGUCCACCCACCUCGUGGCGUGAACUGCAAAUAAGCAUGUCUGAAGCCACGGGUGACAGAUGCCUCGCGGGCUCAGCUGUGAGAGGUGGGAGCGACCCUUCUUCCACUUAUCAGAAGAUUGUGCGGCAGAGAUUCAUCAGGAGAAGCCUGUGGUUCUCGGACACGGAUGAGCAGGCCUCGGAGGCGUCUGAAUGUGAUCACCGGCUCCUUGACGUAAACCUGCGAAUGGUAGCGGGCAGGACACGAGGUGCGAGCAGCAGUAUACAGGAGGACUCCGGCGCUGAGGGUCAAGACGGGCUAAAAGACACUGCGAAAGAAAUUGCCAGAGCUAAUGAGGAAAAGGGUAAAAGUGGAGGAGAAGCACUAAAUGCCACUAAAAGCACUGUCAAGGCAGCCAGUGAGGAGACGGAGGAAGAGGCGGAGAUGAAGGCCGUGUCCACUUCUCCGGGAGGACGCUUCCUCAAAUUCGACAUCGAGCUCGGGAGAGGCUCCUUCAAGACUGUCUACAAGGGCCUGGAUACUGACACCUGGGUGGAGGUUGCCUGGUGUGAGCUGCAGGAUCGUAAGCUGUCAAAAGUGGAACGUCAGCGCUUCAAGGAAGAGGCUGAGAUGUUAAAAGGUCUUCAACAUCCAAACAUUGUCCGCUUUUAUGACUUUUGGGAGUCUCCGCUUAAAGGAAAGAAGUGCAUUGUAUUGGUAACAGAGCUCAUGACAUCAGGGACACUAAAAACCUAUCUGAAGCGCUUUAAGGUAAUGAAGCCAAAAGUGCUUAGAAGCUGGUGCAGACAGAUCCUGAAAGGCCUUCACUUUCUCCACACCAGAACUCCUCCCAUAAUCCAUAGGGACCUCAAGUGCGAUAAUAUAUUCAUCACUGGCCCUACAGGCUCAGUCAAGAUUGGCGAUUUAGGGCUGGCGACCCUAAAGGCUGCCUCCUUUGCAAAGAGUGUCAUAGGCACUCCAGAGUUCAUGGCUCCAGAGAUGUACGAGGAGCACUACGAUGAAGCUGUGGAUGUCUAUGCCUUUGGCAUGUGUAUGCUAGAAAUGGCCACCUCAGAAUAUCCCUACUCCGAAUGUCAGAAUGCUGCACAGAUUUACCGUAAAGUCACAAGUGGAGUCAAGCCAGCCAGUUACAACAAGGUCAUGGAUCCUGAAAUUAAAGAGAUUAUCGGGGAGUGCAUCUGUCAAAAGAGAGAAGAGCGAUACGCCAUCAAAGACCUCCUGAACCACGCCUUCUUUGCUGAGGACACAGGGGUGAGGGUGGAGCUUGCUGAGGAGGAUGAUGGGCAAAAGACCUCAAUCGCCCUGAAACUGUGGGUGGAGGACCACAAGAAAUUGAAAGGGAAAUAUAAGGAGAGUGGAGCCAUUGAGUUCACGUUUGACCUAGAAAAGGAAGUCCCUGAGGUGGUGGCACAAGAGAUGGUGGAGUCUGGAUUCUUCCAUGACAGUGACGUAAAGAGUGUAGGAAAAUCCAUUCGGGAUCGAGUGGCGCUAAUCAAAUGGAGAAGAGAAAGAACUGCAUCGGCUACUAACCGAAUGGAUGGUGGACAUGGGUUCCAGAUGGCAACUUCUCAGGGCAUGCCUUCUAGGGAAGCGCAUGCAGGGCAGCCCUCUGAGGCUGACGCUGAGCAGCACAACCAACAACAUACCCCGCCAGCCAGUUUCACUUCAGUGACAUCAGACAGCACUUUUGACAGUGGCAAGGGCUCCACCGUGUACUCGGACUCCCACAGCAGCCAGCAGAAUGUCCUCUAUCAGUCCCUAUUGGAGCCCAUCACUAUGGCAACACAGCAGUGCCAGCGAAGUAUAAAUUUUCCGACAGAUCGACCUCACUCAUGUGAAACGGGUGAAGUAUGGGGGUCGGUGCUGAGCCCAGAACUCUGUACUCAUUUUGGAGUUGCAGCCCGCAGAGGAAGUGCUCCUGUUGUUGACGCUUACCAUGUAGACCCCGUACCUCAGCUCCGUUCUUUGAAACUCUCUCUGACAUCUGCCCGUCCCUACCCCUUUGUGAUAGAAAAACAAUGGGAACAUCACUCAAAAGCUGAGGCUGCCAGCCCUUCUCGAGUUGCUCACCCGUUGUUAUUUGACAGUAUGGGAGACCAAUUCAUCGCUCCUUCAUCAGAGGCUACCAGUGGGAAUAUGACACUGCCCGUGACAAGGGGCCGUAGACACUCUGACAUCAGCGGUCUUCAAAGUUUAACAUGUCAUCAUAGCAACCAGCAUCGGGGAGGGAUGCGGCGCCUUGCCUCUUCUGUCUUGCCACGCUGUCUGUGCGAUUGCAAACCCACACUGUCCUCAGUGGAAACAAUCCCUACCCCUGCUUUGGGACAGCUUAAAGGUUCGAGUGAUUGUUCAGAUUUUCUCCUGCUGCAGAAGUCCCUGUUAUAUAUAAUACAUCAAAAAGGACCACCAUGUCGUACUGCAACCGCACAGCACACCUCCAUUCACUCCUCAGCUUCCCACAGCAAUCCCUUUGCUACUGGAGAUGGCAACCUGAAGAAUCAUCUCCUGACUGCCAGUUUGUGCGGAGGAAAAGAACCGGUCCAUGGCUGCGAGGAUAGAUCCUUUGCAAGAGAGCAGCACAUUGACAGUGCAAUGGGAGUGGCCAGUUCUGUGGGUCACCAGAAUCAAGCAGCAGAGCUCACAUCUCACCAAUACCUCCAGCCUGGGCACAGUUACCCUACUCCCCCAUACUUGUGUCAGCCCAAUGCCGCAACACAAAGUCAGACUAGUUCAUGCUCAGUCACCCCCCAUCUUUCAGCUAUUGGUUGUUACCCACCUCCAGGUAUUUCAUUAGCGUGCUAUCAGACACAAGUUCACCAACCACAGCAAGCAACUUUGAACUGUGUUGCUUCGGUCCAGCAGCAGACUUACACUGCGUCAGGUUAUCAGCCACAGACAACAGCUGCCACGACAACUCUACCGGCACAGCAUUCAGAAAGUUCUGGCUGCUCAACUAUGUCCUCAACUAUGACAGCCGUAGCCCAGUGUCAUUUGGGAAACGCUUCCACUGGCGCUACGCUGCUUCCAGUUGCCACCCAAACUGGUCUGAGCUCGUCAACGUCAGUACUUAAUAGCCAGCAGAUACCAGUUCAACAAGAGCACCAACAAUGCUUGAUGCCAAAUGCUCCAGGCAGUGUACAGCAAACACAAAAUGGGAUGCAGUCUUUCAUUCAGGCACAACUCCAGCAUGACCAUGAGGCAAUGCAAAGUGUACACCAACCAAUGACACAGCCUCUUCUCCAUUCUCAAAGUCUUCAGUCUGCUGGUCAGCAGGAAGUACUCACCCCAGUUCUCCAGCAGCAAAGCCACCAUCCCAUGCAGAUGGCGGUUCCACAAUCGAGACAGGAUGUAUCCCAGUCUGAGGUCCAACAGGACCAGACGAACCAGUACCUGCCUGGGCAGUCAUCUACUACACCACAGACCUAUGGAGGAGUUCCCCAGGUGCUGACUCAGAGCCUUUUGGUCUCCUUGCAACAUCGCCAGGCUACUCAGAUGACUAAAGAGAGCAUGUCAUUGGUUGGAAAAGAUGGGUUGAAUCAGGGACCCCAUCCUGCCCACCCAGUGUGCAGUUUGCCAUCCCAGACAAUGUGUGUUCAGCAGCCACUAGCUGAGCCAGAUGUACGUCAGCAGCUGCAGCCGCUGCAUAGUUCAACCUCACUACCACCACCAGCACACUCAUCCAAGGUGAUGGCAGCUGUUACUGACUGUGAAUCCUCCUACCCUCACUCCCACACUGCCCCUCACUCUUCAGCAUCUUCUUCUCUCAACCAUGUCUUCCUUUCUCCUGGAUGCACACUCCCCAUAACUCCUUCUGUCUCACCUCUUUCCCCGAUUCACAUUGAAAAUGUGUUAGUUUCAUCUAUCCCAAUGUUGCUCAAACCGCCCCCUUCACCUGUGCUGAGUAGAAUGCCAUUACAAGCAUCUCCAAAUGAUCAGGUCGCUGUUGCUCUGCAACACAGUGCCCGAGAUGACGCCGGUUACUCAGAACCUUCAUUUGUAUCAGCUCCAACCACACAUCCCAUAUACACACACACGACCCUUUCUCCCAACACACAACCGCCCACAAACGGCAGCACUCUUACGCAGCACAACCCUCAGAAGAUAAUGGCCAGCCACCCCGACCUUGUCCAGACAACCAUUUUCACGCAGCCUGCACACUUCUCCACACCUGCACAGAAUGGCUCAGACCAAGGAACGAUUGUCACCGAUGACCAAUCAGAAAAGAAGGAAAUUCAGAGCCAGAUUCCGCCUCUUCAUCCCUCUGAGUCUCAGAGUGCAUCUUCUGGGUCUGCAAGUUCCAGUCUGACACAGCAACAAUUCACUGUUGUCACAAGUCUAACUGAGGCAAACACAGAGGAUCAGGCUGCAGAAAAACACACUGGUGGACAAAGCUAUGACAGUAUCAACUCUGAUGCCACAUCAGGGAAAGAGAUGAGUGAUGGCUAUGAGGGGACACAUGGAGGUAAAGGCCAGGGUAAAAUCCGCAAACACCACCGCAGGUCAACACGCACUCGUUCUCGCCAGGAGAAGAUUAGCAAGCCAAAGCUCAGUAUGCUAAACGUAUGUAACACAGGGGAUAAAAUGGUGGAGUGCCAACUGGAAACACACAAUCACAAAAUGGUCACAUUUAAAUUUGACCUGGAUGGAGAUGCGCCGGAAGAGAUUACUACGUACAUGGUGGAGAAUGAUUUUAUCCUACACUUAGAGAAAGAAGCGUUCAUUGAACAGCUCAAGGACAUCGUAGACAAGGCUGAGGACUUGUUGAGUGAAGACACAGCGGCAGAGAGGAAUUCUGACCAGGCAAGCAGUCCCAUGAGUGAAGGAGCUGGCACGGUGGAGGGAAUGAAGUCUCAUGUCCCCAGCACCCCGCAGCUCGUCUACCAACAAAAUGUCCUUCACACUGGCAAGCGUUGGUUCAUCAUCUGUCCAGUGGCUGAGAUUCCUGUCCAAGACCAAGACCACACUCCAUCUCACAGCUCGACAGACAGGGAAUGCCAAAAGUCUGCCUCACUGUCAGCAAAAGCCAUCAGCAAUACACCUGCAGUAUCCACCGCUCUCCCGUCUUUGCCUUCACAAGGCCCCUUGUCCGUGUCGGUGCACCGUAAAGAUCAAAACGCCGGCGCAGCCCAUGUUCAGCAGCCAGAGUCCAAUGUCAUUCAAGAAACAAACAAUGCUAUGGGUGUUGGCCAAAAGGACACCCUUGCUGUUGAAGAAUCUUGCAUCCCCGCUGUCUCGAUAGUAAGCGACAUCCCGUGCUGCGCUUUUGUGCCACCGGUCUCCCUGGAUGUGAAUACCAUUGAGAAGGUGGAGGUUGCUGCUUUGGCCACACAAACUAGUUAUUCCCAUCAAAAGGCCAGUCCAACCGGAGAGCUCCCCCUACAGCGGGCCGCUCAUCAGUCGGUGGUCCUCCAGCAACCCUAUCCCACACCUAUACCGCCGCCGUCGGUCACCUCGCAACCUCAGAGUCCGGCGCAUCAGACCUCUGUUCCAUUAGGGCACCCGCAAGCGACGAGCGGGGGUCCGGGGGAGUCGGACGGUGAGGGGCCACGUAGGGUGGAGUUCGCUGAUCGUACCAUCAAGACUUUGGAUGAGAAGCUGAGGAAUCUGUUGUACCAGGAGCACGCUCAUUCCCAGCCCUCCGGUGCCACAGCCGACCCUCAUACCUCAGAAGCAAUCGGCUCAACGUCCGUCUCAGAUGGCCACAGCAGCGAGGGGCCACUGCCCAAAAAACAGGGGGAGCCAUUGCCUCAGAUUCCCGAAAGCCCAGAUUGUGCGGGUGCACUAAGUGACUGUGUUUUGGCAGCUGGUGAUGGAAAUGUGAAAAGGGGAGCUGUGAGCGUCAGUACUGAUUCACACAACUCAAAAAGCAGUUUUCAAAUAAGACCCACGGCACCAAAUGUCAUUUGUCAUGUGGGAGAAAGCAAUAGCAGCCGCGGCACUCACUCAGUUUUUUCUCGAGAGUCACAAAGCCGAGGUCACGGGCCAGAUAGAAAUGACAAGGGCUGCAUUACCGCUGGCAGACCCACAGCCGAUCCUGAAAGUACGGGUGCAUCCAGACCCCGUUGUAGUAACCGAUUCUCUGCCCCACCAAACUUCUAUCAAGCUACCCCCGUGUCCAGCCCCGAUGUCACACCGCACCAUUUGCCGCGGGCCAUAACCAUCAGCGCUCCGACACAUCACCACUACCGCCACUCGUCACACCUCCAGUCUGACUCUGCGGAUGAGGACAGCAGCAGCAGCAAAGCUCUUCCAGUGGCCCACCAUGACGCCCCGGCUCACGCCCCGUCCGAGCACAGCGGAAGCGACCUCGUGAAGAGGGCAGUGGCCUUCCUAAAGCGCUCCGGGCGGAGUAAAAGCGAGCCGAGCUCUGAUUCGCCAAGCCGACAGCCGUUGGAAAUGAACGGUCACGCUCCUUCACCUUCAACGGGACACGUGCCGUCUUCUUACAUCAGUAGUGACAAUGAUUCCGAAUUUGAGGAUGCAGACAUGAAGAAAGAACUCCAGAAGCUGAGAGAAAAGCACAUGAAGGAGAUAUCUGAACUGCAGGCAUUCCAGAGGAGUGAAAUUGAGCGUCUGUACCAAGAGGUGGGAAAAUCUCUGCCCCCCAACGUGGGCCUGCUUCAUGCUGCCCCUCCCAGUGGCCGUCGACGUAGGGCCAGUAAACACAAAGUCAAGGCUGGAAAAUUGCUCAAUCCGAUGGUGCAGCAGCUCAAAAGCAAUCUCACCACCACAUUGGAGAGAAAAGGUGAAAGUUCUGGCAGUUCAUCUGGAUCCCCCGCUAAAAGUUCAGUUCUGUCGGACUGCUCUGCCCACUUCAGUGGCAGCUCCAGCUCCAACAAUCAGCGUAGCACAACCGCGGAGCAGGUCCACACCCAGCAGCCCUGUUCCUUGAAAGGCUCCUUCUCCUCCGACAACAUCUCUGCUGGCCAACUCGCUGAUGGGAUGACAAACUUGACAAGCCAAGGGUCCACUCUGAAACGACUAUGUCUAGGCAAAGAGCGCAGUAGUAGGUCUUCUUUCCGCACCGCCGCAGCUCAGACGCAGCCGUCCCCCGCCUCGGCCGCACCCUCGCCGCCGUCCCCUCGGCCGAUCGGUGGGCUCUCCCGGGUCCAGACCAACAACAGCAACAAUAAGAAAAGCAUGUUUACCGAGGACCUGCACAAGUUGGUGGACGACUGGGCAAAGGAGACUGUGGUGGCGGUCCACCACCCUCCCCCUACCUUGAACCAGAUCAAACAGCAGAGGCGCUUGCAGGACCUGGAAGGCAAAGUGGAGUCCCCAGGAGCAGCCACACACAAGAUGAAAUGCCACUCUGUCCCCAGCGGGUUGCUUCUGUCCCUCCCGCUGGCUGCUGGGGGAACGCAUCCUAAUACGACAAGCAGGCAAGGUCCUGACUCGCCUCUCGUGUUCUCGCCUGGGUACCUUUCCCCCGCAGGCCCCUACUACGCUGGGAUGACUCCCCCUCCUCUCUAUUCCCAGCAGGGGCCAGGCUUGCUUAGCCCCGUUGGAUCAUUGAGCCCCUUUUCAACCGCGGACAAACCUGGAAUCCAAGACUACAAGCCCGAGAACGGCCUCUGCCCCAACUCCGCCAGAACUAACUAACCCUGAGGCUCCGGUGCGUCGGUGUGUACGGAUUGUCCACUAGAAACGAUUUGGCUCGGAUUCACCACAACCGCGUCUGAGGUUGAGCGGAACGGCAAUCGAUAUUCUUGACACUAAACCCAUUUGCGCGUGUGAGCAUGUCACAUGUUGUUUAGGACGACUUUAUGCUUAUUGAUAAAUGUGUGCUCAUUUAGCUUCAUCUGUGCACUUUUUAUUUUAUUUCGGCACAUGGGUACACUUUAAACACUACAUUGGAAUUCAAAUAUCAGUGGCUUAAGUUUCAGAAACAAUUCAGUAAUAACGUUGAUGGAAUGCAGUGCCUUGAACCUUCAACCUUUUCUUUGUGAAACAGCUUGACUGCAUACAAAUCAUUUAUUUGAUUUAAGGAGUCGCUUGAUUAAAGUCUUUUAUGCAGCGGACAUUUUUAUUUCUUUUUUUUUUUUUUUUGCUUAUGAAUGCCAUUGUAGCGCUGCACUAUUAACACAGCAAAUACUCGUGUUCAAAUAAUAAAAUAAAUUUACAAAUUUUUUUUUUUUUUUUUUUACUUUCUUCCCCUGUGACAGUAUGCCACAGUGAUGAAAUGCACUGUUGCCUUGAAAAGAAACAAAUAGUUAAUGAUGAGGGAAGGAAGUAGUUUAACGCCAGCAGAUGAAAGCCCCUUUCAGGUCAAAUGGUUCCGUUGGACUUGCUUCCGUUUUUACAUACAACAAACAGUAUGCACGAUACACAGCAGCACAAGAUUUGGCCGUAUUGUAAUAUUGUGGCUAGAGGGAGAGAAAUGACAAAGUCCAGAGCCAUAAAUGAUGCACGGAUGUGAAUGUAGCAGUGAAUUUGUGAAGGCUCGAGGCUUUCAAGUGCAAUUGAAUCCUACCGCAAAGCUUUGAUUGUGGCAUUGCCACAAGCCUUAUCUGAUGUGUCAUCAACAAGACAACAACAACAAGUCAACAAAAUGUGUAUAAACAUGACAUAAUCUACAUAUUGGCCGGUAUGGAAUGUUGCGUGCAAACACCAGUUCAGUGGAAGUGUGGACUUAUUAGAUGUUAGGAUUUUUUUCAUGCUGCUGUCGUGUGAGCCUUUUAUUAACAUGAUCAGAUGGUACCAAAAAGAAAAAGCCCUGAACCUGAACAGUGUUAUUGCAUUAUUUGCGUCAAGCAAUUUUCAUUUUUCUGUCAUAUAUUCCAAAUUGGAUAGUUGAUGUGGGAGAUUUGCACAACCUAUAGACUCCCAUUCUUGUACUUUCUGUUGAAGUGUUCCAUGUGUGCAGUGUCUCUACCAUAUUGGACCAUUCUUAAAAGUCACCAAAAACCACAGAUGUUUUCUUCACCACAAAAGUUCAGUUGUUGUGGUGUCACAUCUCCGCAAGACAUUUGAAAGGUUUCAGGACCCGGAUCCUUCCAAGCUGUGAAUUGUACAGAUUAGUUGUAGUGGAAACUGUAUAUUUUGUUAAACUUUGUGAGUGCUCUGUGGAGAGGUUGCUUUGAUGUACAGUAUCAAUUCGCUGUGAAUUGGACUUUUAUAGUACUUUAUGCAGAAUCCUCUUCUUUGGGGAAAUACUUCCGGUUGUAAGAGAUUUCUGUUCUCUGGCAUUUGUAUCUGGUGGGCUCUUUUGAUUUUGUUUGUUCUGAGCAGAGGAAGGCUAUUUAUUAGACAAAUUCAGGUGGUGGCAGGGAUCAAAAGGCUGGCGUUUUCCCCUCCCUGCAUGUCUCUGGCCAUCAAACGUUCCCUCACAGUCACUAUGGUCCGAUUGUGUGUGUGUGUGUGUGUGUGUGUGUGUGGGUGGGGGGGGUAAAAACAAACUUGAUGAGAUGGAUUAUUUGGGCCUCCCAACACUGCAUCACUCAUCCUACCUGCUGCACUGUUUGACCGUGUUAAGAGAUCAAUAAAUAUUUUCAGUCUGA